AAUGAUCAAAAGGAAUAUCCACUUUUCUUUCUAGUGGGAAGCACGCACGAAUAAUGUACAUAGCCAGAAACAGAAUGAUUAGAGACACCUAAGCUUCACAAAUUGAAAUGAGUCAAAUGAUUGAUUAAUAUUGUACAGAUAGAGGUUAUAACACCUGUUUGUUAAUAUUAAAUGACAACAAGAAACUACAAUUUUUUUUUUCAUUAUAUCAAGUCAACUGCUUUUGAGAUUUAGAUGCAUUGUCAGAUAUGAAAAACUGGAUAACCCUUAUAUUAAUAAAAUUUUCAACCGUACAUCAGCUGGUCUAAAUUUUGAUCACAAGUCCCGUGGAUUAGUUAAAAAAUUCACGGACGUCUCUUUUUUCACAUACACUCUGAUCCACUAAAAUAUAUAAAAUAUGACAUAAAAUUAUUUGUAUCCUGUUAUUUUUUGUGCAUCAAACUAUAUCAAAUUAGUACAAUCAUUAUAAAAUAUUUAAAAUUCAUGUUAUUUUCUGUUAGCAUUUUGUCUGAAUUCCCACAACUUUCAAUCUUUGACAAUAGAAAGUCACCCCUUAAACAACCUGUUAGUAGUUGUGUUACAAAAGCAUAACCAACCUAUUAAAAAAUUUUGCUGAAAGAAAAGCUGGACGUUACUCUUUCCCCAACAUGCAGCAGAAUAUAAACAUGACCCUCAAGCUUGCCAUUCUCAUCAUCAUUGUAUACAAACAUUCAUAUUCAUCACACCUUGUCUUCAAAUAAACAUCAAUCAAUAUCAACAAAGUUCAAACUAAUUGGUCAUUACUCAACCAUGGAUCACAGUCUUUCUAUUGAAAGGGAUGGAAGCAUUCAUCUACAAGUUAGCGAAACCGGCAGCACAGGCACAACCAUGUUUGAGCCUUCUUUACUAAAUAGUAGCAUCGAUAAAUCAGAAAACGACACUGCUAAUUCCGUGUCUCCAACAACCUCAACAAAUAUAGCACCAGAAAAGAAGUUAACCCUUUUCGCUCUUCAACUCGCAGUGUUUGAAAAAGCCGCAACUAAUUUAGGAACUCUUGGUUUCAUCUGGGCUACUGUUGUACUUCUCGGUGGUUUCGCUAUCACUUUAGAAAAAACCGAUUUUUGGUUCAUCAGCAUCAUACUUGUGGUUGAAGGUACUAGAAUUUUCAGCAGAAGCCAUGAGCUUGAAUGGCAGCAUCAAGCUACAUGGUCCAUUACUGAUGUUAGAUUCGGAAUCAAAAGUUUCAAGGAAAUGAUGUCAAGUUCAAAACACAAAACUGAGAUAACAUCGACAUCAAGGACGCCAACUAGGACGUGGAUUAGCUCGGACGUUCCUCUUCUACCGUAUGCUAGAUGGUUUUUUCUUUCAAGGCAUUUCAGUAGAAUUCUCUAUUGGCUUCAACUUAUAUCUGCAGCAGCAUGUGUUGUUCUCUCAUCAAUAAAGCUUGUUAGGCAUAACUUUGGAGAGAUUACAAAAGGAGACACAGAUAAGAGGAACCGUAAAUCCGCUCUCUAUAUCUUUUAUUCCUUGGCUCUUGCAGAAGCUUUGUUGUUUCUGAUGGAGAAAGCUUAUUGGGAAUGGAAAAUCAGCUAUUAUAAACUGUUGGAAGAGGUUAAUGAUGAAUGCGAUUUAGGGCCGUCCGGAAUGGUUUCCGUUAGACGAUUCUUUUAUGACGCGUAUUCGAGAUGUAUCUAUGGAAGCAUAUUUGAUGGUUUGAAAAUGGAUAUGGUUAGUUUUUCUAUGGAACUCUUGACUUCUAGUUCACCUGAUGAGCAACUCAUUGGAGCCAGAAUUCUUAAGCAGUUUUCGAUCAGCGCACGAUUCUCAGACGAUACACUUCAAAAGAUUGGAAUGUCCAUAUUAGUUGUCGAGAGACUAGUUGAGAUGUUGAAUUGGACAGAUCAUAAUGAGCAAGAAAUUAGGCUUUCAGCUGCAGAGAUUCUAUCAAAACUAGCCAGUAUGAAGCAUAAUUCUCUCCGUAUAGCCGGGAUACCAGGAGCUAUGGAAUCAAUAUCGUCUCUUCUACAGACUAACCGGAGUUUAGUUCCUGCGGCCGGUGAAAUCGGUGAAAAGAAUCCUAAAUUUGAUCAUCUAAGUUACAAUGUUUGGACAUGUAACCACUUAGGACUUCUCAUACUAAAAAAGCUUGCGCGGGACCACGACAACUGUGGAAAGAUCGGAAAUACAAGAGGCCUUCUUCCUAAGAUCAUAGAUUUCACACAUAUUGAAGAAAAUUUACUCAAAAGUGAAAAUGUUACUCCACCACAGCUUCUAACUGUGAAGAGAUCUCUUCAACUUUUGAAGAUACUGGCUAGCACAAUAGGCGGGGAGCAUCUUCGGAGAGAGAUAUCGGAGAUAGUUUUCACUAUUACUAAUAUUCGAGAUAUUUUAAGACAUGGAGAGAAACACACACAUCUACAAAAACUGAGCAUUGACAUUUUAACCUUUCUAGCAUUAGAAAGUGAUGCAACCGAAAAAAUCGGGGCUACAGGUGGAGUUCUUCGAGAAUUGUUCAACAUAUUUUUUAAGCGCAGCAUUACAGAAGAAAGGAAACAUGACGUAACCGUUGCUGCAGGCGAGGCCUUAGCAAUGCUGGCGUUAGAAAGUGAGAGUAACUGUCAUCGAAUUAUGAAGAUGAAAUUGCUGAUAAGACUUGUAGAAGCAUUGAAAGAUCCAUUGCUUCGCGUCAAUGCAGCUAGAAUUCUAAGAAAUUUAUGCAUCUAUAGUGGAUCAGAUUGGUUCCAUCAACUAAAGGAAGUAGCAGCUGCAACACCUAUAAUACUUCAAGCAAUUAUGUUAGAAGGAAACAAGGUACAAGAAGUGAUGGCUGGACUAGCAGCAAAUGUUUUCAAAUACAUGAAUUCUCAUGAAUCAAGAAUUUUAUUUCAAGAUGCCAGAAUCACUGAGGCUGAACUUGCAAACAAAUUAAUAGAGAUUCUCAAGAACCACAAGUAUCCAACAUCAAAAGUCCCAAGGAUAAGGAGAUUCACAGUAGAGUUGGCAAUUUGGAUGAUGAAAGACAAAGCAGAAAACAUAUAUACAUUCAAAGAUCUAGGAAUGGAGGAAGCAUUGAAAGGUGUCUUAGAGACAACAUCAGAGCUUGAGAACUUUAAUGUUUUCUGUGGGAGUGUUGGACUGAAUCGGCACAAACUCGCAACUCAGUCAUUGUUUGAGACAGCGCUGGAAUUGAUGGAAGACAUGCAAAAUGUCAAUAACUUAGAUAAACUUAAGUAGAUUCUCCAUGAAACAUGAUAGCUGGAUAUGGAAAGCUGAUUCAAUUUCUACAUGAAUUCAUAAGUUAUUCACAUUUUUUCUCUUCUUUGAAUACAUUACAUC